AUGGAAACAAUCAAGGCCUCUGCUGUAGACUUGUUGAUAGGCAAGAUAGUGUCGGCCAUUGAGAAUGAAGCAUCAUUGAUUGGAGGGCUUAGUGAUGAGCUUGACGAAAUCAAGCAGGAGUUUAUAAGCAUGAGAUCUUUUCUACAAAAAUGCACUGUUAUUUCAGUGGUGGGAAUGGGUGGUUCGGGCAAGACCACUCUAGUCUCCAAGGCCUACAACAGUCGGAUAGUAAAACGCCAUUUUAACUGUCAUGCGUGGAUCACAGUCUCCCAAAAAUAUGUUGUUGAUGAUUUACUGAGAAGAAUGAUUGAGGAAUUCUACGGCGCUGCCAAGGAAACAGUUCCUACAAAUUUAAACACGAUGGGGUUCAGAGAGUUGGUCAGUACAUUGCUGAGCUAUUUAGGGGCGAAAAGAUACUUAAUUAUCUUGGAUGAUGUGUGGAGCAGUAAGCUCUGGGAGGAAAUCAAUGUAUCUCUCCCAGAUGAAGGAUUUGGAAAUCGAGUAAUUCUUACAACACGAAAUGAAAAUAUAGCUUCAUCGUCUUUUGGAGUCAAAAGUCGUGUUCACCAUGUGAAACCACUGGGAGAGAAAGAGGCCUGGGAGCUCUUUACCAUGAAAGCAUUCUCCAACAAUCAGGGUAGACUUUUACCUCAAGAGCUUGAAAUCUUGGCUAGGAACCUCGUCAACAAAUGUGAAGGAUUACCUCUUGCUCUUGUGGCUUUGGGCAGUGCCAUGUCAUCAAAGAAACUGGAAUCAGAGUGGGAAAAGGUUAAUCAUUGCUUGGAUAUCGAGUUGAGGAGCAACUCCAUGUUGCAAAGGAUGCAGGUUAUCUUGUUGCUUAGCUUCAAUGAAUUGCCAUACAAAUUGAAGCAUUGUUUCUUAUAUUGUUGUCUAUUUCCGGAAGAUUUUGUGUUAAAAAGAAAGAGGCUUAUUAGACUUUGGAUGGCAGAAGGGUUUGUUGAAAAAAUGAAGGGAAUAACACCAGAAGACGUAGCUGAGAGCUAUCUUAUGGCACUCAUUCACCGAAACAUGCUUCAAGUUGUUAAAAGGAACAUAUCUGGAAGGCCAAAAGGAUGUAAGAUGGAUGAUCUUUUACGGGAAAUUGCUCUUUCAAUAUCGGAGGCCGAGAAAUUUGGUGCUUUGUAUGAUGAUCAAGAAGCAAGUGAAGAGAGUGGAGCACGUCGCUUGUCAAUCCAAACAAUAAAAAUGCAAAUAAUAUCAUUGAAGGGCAUGUUAAAGCUCCGUUCACUUCUUGUGUUCAUUGACUAUAGGAUUUCUCCAUCUUUGGUAACAUUGCCAUCUGGAUUUAGAUUGUUAAGGGUGUUGGAUCUACAAGAUGCACAGGUUGAGAAAUUGCCAGAUGAACUAGUGGAUCUGUUCAAUUUAAGGUACUUGAACCUAAGGAGGACGAGGGUGAAGGAGCUUCCAAAAUCAAUUGGAAGGCUCCACAACCUACAAACACUAGACAUUCGCAAUUCAAGAAUAUAUGUGCUUCCAACUGGGACUACAAAGUUGCAGAACUUGCGUCAUCUGUUAAUGUACUGUUACAUUCCUGGUUCUUAUACUGAAUUUACAAUUGGUUAUGGCAUAUCAGCCCCGUCAAACAUUUACAAGUUAGAGAACUUGCAAGUCCUGGAUUGUGUUGAAGCAGAGGUGAACUUAAUGAGACGCAUUAGAAGCAUGACACAACUUACAAGGAUUGGCAUUUCCAAGUUAAGAGAAGCAGAUGCAGAAGACUUGUGCAUCGCAAUCCAAAAUAUGAAUCUCCUUCGUUACUUAUUUUUGAUGGUUAGUGAUGAGGCGGAAUCCUUGCGAUUAGAUGCGCUCCCUUCUGCUCCUCCUUGCCUUAAAUCCAUGCUAUUAGCAGGGAAAUUAGAGACGGUGCCACGCUGGUUUCAAUCCCUUCGAAGCCUCACGCAAUUGUAUUUGCAUUGGUCUAGACUGACACAAGAUCUGCUUCCUUUCAUCCAAGCGCUGCCUUGUUUGGGAAAACUUGCACUUGAGAACGCAUAUUCUGGAAAACAACUACGCUUUGAAGUUGGGUUCCAAAAACUGAAGAGCCUAUUCUUGUUCAAUCUCCCUCAACUGAAUGAGAUAAUAAUUGAGAGGGGAGUGAUGCCAGAUCUCCGACAGCUUCACCUAGAAAACUGUAUAGAGUUGAAGAUGUUGCCUCAUGGCAUUGAAUGUCUUGCUAAUCUCCAAGAAGUCACAUUGAUAAUCGUUUCAAGUGAGCUUAUUCAACGGAUUCGUGGAGAACAGAGUAUAGAUCGCCCAAAAGUUCAACAUAUCCCUAAUAUCGUGCAUUACUAUCGAUCAAUAUCUGGAGUGCUUUACUACGAAAGCUUGUCCUGAAUCCAGUGCAAGAAGGUUUCUGGGUAUAAAUCAGUAUGUUCCUGGUUGUCUCUGCUCGUCUUGGAAUGGUCAGAAGUGAGUUUAUUUUCUUCUAUUCAACGUGUGAGAUUUUCGUGGGGAACAUGUUGCAGUGAAGAAGACUUCUUGGGCAGACUUGCUUAUAUGUGGAUGAAAUAAGAAUUGUAGCAGGACCAUUCCUAUGUCGUUGUUAUUUCUCUUAUAAUGUGGUGAUGUUUGUGUUCUAAUUCUAUGGUGGUUGUUAGUGUAAUCUAUCUUGAUAACUUAGCUUAAAGUGCACUGAAAUUGCAUGAAUCUCAAGGUUUGGUUAUGAUCUUG